CAGCAACCGUUCACGCCUUCACCUACGAGUACCACCUCUGUUUGCUCUUUGUCAGGCCCUGGAAAAUGGAUCGAUAGUAGGGACAAAGGAUCCCUCAGCGAGCCCGCGACCAACCGCCACCAUGGCUAAUCUACUGCCUUUUCGCGACAUCAACGUCCACGCUUCCACGAGCCACUAUGCCUUUACCUCGCCCUCUACUCCCUCUGCGCCGACUCUUGUUGUAGAAAGACCAUCUGGAGAUAUCAGGCUGAACAACGGGUCUCUUCUGGGUGCAAAACGUGUCUCAAGUAUUGCUGGUAUACUGGGCAUCAUCAAGCUGAAGCUGGACAAAUAUGUCAUUGUCAUUACCAAGGCUCAGCCGAUGGGCAGACUUCGGGGGCAUAUGGUCUACAAAGUGGUGGCUACAGAAUUUCUCCCUCUGCGAGAACGGCCUGUCCAUGACCCCGACGAAGAUACUUACCUUUCGUAUCUGAAAACCCUGCUUGCGACCGGACCUAUGUACUUCUCAUACUCCCUGGAUGUCACCUCCAGCUUCCAACGCCAAUCCCAGUCAAAUUUCUCGCAACCACUGUGGAAAAGAGCCGAUGACCGAUUCUUCUGGAACCGCUUCAUCCAGACUGACCUCAUCGACUUCAGGACCGGAGGAGGUUCCUCGACCGGCUUGAAAAGUCAGCAGCAGCCCGGCGCCGAUCCCUACAUUUUGCCCGUCAUGUUCGGCAUGCUGGAGAUCAAGCCAGCCAAGGUCAAAUCCAUCAAUUUCACCUUCGCCCUUGUCACACGAAGAUCGAGGUUUCGUGGUGGUACCAGAUACUUCUCUCGAGGUUUGGACGAGCACGGUCAUGUCUCCAACUUCAACGAAACUGAGCAGAUAGUGGUGUUGAACGACGUUUCUGGUCAGCCAACUGGAUAUGCUGGCGGUGAGGGUAUGCAAAAUGGCAAGGCUGGGGGCCAGACCGCCGAGACCCAGAUACUGUCUUACGUCCAAACACGUGGAAGUGUACCCGUCUAUUGGGCCGAGAUCAACAACCUCCGCUAUACGCCUAAGAUUCAAAUCCGUGGUGUCGAUUCGGCCGUCGAUGCUGCACGUAAGCACUUUGAUGAACAAAUCAGGAUAUACGGUGAGAAUUACCUGGUCAAUCUCGUCAAUGCGCGGGGCAGAGAAGAACGCGUAAAGAAGGCAUAUGAGCAAAUGGUUCGCAUCCUCGUUAAUUCCCCCGACGAAUCGAUUGAACCUGGCCAACGGACGGAUGAGAAGUUCCAUGAAAUUAGCCCCAACCAGCAGCGGCAACGGAUGGAUAGACUGCACUACAUCUAUUUCGACUUUCACAACGAGACAAAGGGCUUGCAAUGGCAGCGAGCAGAACUCCUCUUGAAUGAGUUGAUGGACGGCUUGAAGAAGGGAGGAUAUUUCCGCGGCGUGGAAAUGCCAGGCAAUCCCUCAGGUGCUCUCGAGAUCAGGUCGCUACAGUCUGCAGUCGUGCGAACAAAUUGUAUGGAUUGCCUUGACCGUACCAAUGUCGUUCAAAGUAUGCUGGGGAGGUGGGCAUUGACCCAGCAAUUCCAAGAUCUCGGUCUGCUGCAACCAGGUGAACGAGCUGACAACGACCGUGAUUUCGAAUUUCUGUUCCGCAAUAUCUGGGCGGACAAUGCCGACGUCGUUUCGAAAGCUUACUCCGGCACGGGUGCUCUGAAAACCGAUUUCACGCGCACUGGCAAUCGCACGAAGGCCGGAAUGGCCCAAGAUUUCACCAACUCUUCCACGCGAUACAUCCGCAACAAUUUCUUGGAUGGACCUCGACAAGACGGAUUUGACCUUUUCCUGGGUACUCAUCUCCCGUCAACGUACGGCGUGGGAUCGUCAUUGACGUUCAAGGAUCGACGACCCCUCAUAAUACAAGCAGUGCCUUAUGUCUUUGCUGCCUCGGUAUUCAUUGUGUUAAUCUCGAUGCUCACAAGUAGACCACCUCAGGCGGCUGUUUGGCCGUUGCGGCUGCUUGUUAUCUCAUGUCUGAUUGUGGCGGGUUGGUCUUUCCAGUUUAUGUAUGCACACGGUCUGCUCUAUGUCAACUGGCCAAAAUUGAAUACGCCUCAAUUCGCGCUUGACGGGUAUGCUGAGGCUCUAUCUCGAGCUCACAAAGACAAGGUGAUCGGGCCGCUGAUCGCAGCAUCCGAGGGCAAGGAUAGAAGGGCACGCAAUAUCAGCACAGCAAACAUGGGGUAUAUGGAAGAGGGCAAAAAGAGAAUAGAAUAGACUGCAGACCAGGUUGCCACGACUUUUACUACAGAUAGACAGACCCCAAUGAUUACACAAUCUUCCGGCAUACGAC